GAAGCUCUCUGUAGUGGGAUUCCAAUGGAAUUUGGAAUCCAGGGGCCACUGUAAUUAAAGUCAUUUGCUUUCCAUACCAAAUACGGAAAAACAGAGCAAACAGCAGAUACUAAAUACAGCCACCCUUUUCAAUUGUUGUUUUCACUCAACCAACCAAACACAUUUUUCAAUUCUCCAGCCAUGCACAUUCCCUCUUUUCUCUCUCAUUCCCAUUUCAACCAACCCUGCAAUCUGCAUUGCGUAAUUUACAUUACAACAUCCCUACGCAUAAAUAUGAAUACAUACGUACAGAAAUAAUGCAUCACUGCAUCCACAAAAUGGAAUUUCUUUAUAUUUCACUUGGCUCCGAUACUCGUACCGAUGAUACCGGGGAAUUAGAUGCUUAUGAUCCUAACAAAACCCAUAGUUUACUACUCGAACCGCUGCCGUUGCUUAGUUGCUUGCUUCGGACUCCAGAGAAGCCACUGGAGGAAAAAACUAAAGAAACAUGCCACGAGGAAGAGAAUGAGGACAUUGCUGUAGCAUUGCACAUUGGGCUUCCUAACUGCACCAAUGGUGUGGUGAGUCCGAGGGAGAAGAAGGAAGAUGAACACGUGGCGGUAGCGGCAACCCAGUACUGGAUUCCAACUCCUGCGCAGAUACUCGUUGGGUUCACUCAUUUUCCGUGCCAUGUCUGCCAUAAAACGUUCAACCGCUACAACAAUCUUCAGAUGCACAUGUGGGGCCAUGGGUCCCAAUACCGAAAGGGACCAGAUUCCCUCAAGGGUUCACAACCACCACGAGCCAUGCUAGGGAUCCCAUGCUACUGCUGCGAAGAAGGGUGCAAGAACCACAUCAACCACCCCCGGUCCAAGCCCCUCAAGGACUUCCGAACCCUCCAAACCCAUUACAAGAGGAAGCACGGCACCAAGCGGUUCGCGUGCCGGAAAUGCGGCAAGUGCCUCGCCGUCAAAGGCGACUGGCGGACCCACGAGAAGAACUGCGGCCGCCGCUGGUUGUGUGUCUGUGGAUCCGAUUUCAAGCACAAGAGGUCGUUGAAGGACCAUAUCAGGUCGUUUGGGUCAGGCCACGGCCCGUUUCCGCCUUCGUUCGACGGGGUUCAAGUGCACGAGGGUUCUGUGCACUCAUUCUUCGCUUAAUGAAGACCUUAUAUGAAGUUGGAUAUAUAGUACGUAUAAGCCGUCGUUUGCAUUACGUACGUAUGGAUAUUUCCAAUCUGUUUAGCGAACACAAGAGGAGUUUUAUAAUCUGUUUUUUGGUUGAUCGAGCAAAUGAUUACGCAGUGAUAGAAUUCCCAAAAUUUAUGGGGGACUGAUGUGGUUGUAACAUUUUCUAAAUUCAGAGUGUGAUUAGUGGCUGUUGCUUUAGUUUGAAACAAAAUUUACAAGUGCUUUAGUUAAAGUUUGAACUAAAU